AUGGGACAAAACAACGACAUUGAAUCCGGGUGGAAUAGUAGUAAAGGAUUACAUAGGCAUAAUGAUGAAGCAUUAUACCCUAUGAUGAUGGAAAGCCCUCAGCUUCGAUGGGCAUUCAUUCGCAAGGUUUACGUCAUUAUCUCCGUCCAACUUCUCCUCACCGUCGCCGUGGCGGCCACCGUCGUCUUCUACCGCCCCAUUCCCCAUUUCUUCGUCAAAACCACCAUUGGUCUCGUUGCUUACAUCCUUACAAUCAUCUUUACUUUACUACUGAUGAUCCUAUUGUUUUAUUUUCACAAGCGUCAUCCUUUGAACUUUUUUCUUCUUGCCCUCUUUACGAUUGCGAUAGCAUUUUCUGUGGGGAUCAGUUGUGCAUACACCAAAGGAACAAUUAUUUUGGAGGCUGCUAUUCUAUGCUGUGUGGUGGUGAUUAGCCUAACUUUAUAUACAUUGUGGGCAGUUAAGAGAGGAUGGGAUUUCACCUUCCUUGGUCCCUUUCUAUUCGCUUCUCUCUUCCUUCUAUUCUUCUUUUCCCUCAUUCAGAUAUUAUUUCCAAUGGGAAAGAUGUCAAUGAUGAUAUAUUCAGGAGUAGCGUCGAUGAUAUUCUGUGGUUAUAUAGUAUACGACACUGAAAGCAUGAUCAAGCGUCACUCCUACGACGACUACAUUUGGGCUGCCGUCUCACUGUAUCUUGACAUUAUUAACCUCUUUCUUGCUCUUCUCAGUAUUCUCAAAUUGACUGAUUGAUCAACACUACUACUUCUAACAUAACAUUAAUUUCUCUUCUUAAUUGGGUUUCAUAUAAUAUAUUUAUA